AUGGGGAAUGGCAAGCUCUACGAGAUUCUAGGCGUCGAAUCCAGCGCGAGUACGCGCGAUAUCGUCAAGGCGUACCGCAUUGCGGCGCUCAAGACGCAUCCAGACAAGCUAGCAGGGCUGUCUGAGGAGGAAAGGGAGAAGGCGUCAGCCAGCUUCGUCCAGCUGCAGCACGCCUAUGAGAUCCUGAAGGAUGAGGAGAGACGCAAGCAGUACGACGAUUUCGGUAGCGUCACGGAAGGUUGGGAAGGCGAAGAACAGGCAGCGUUCGCGGCUGCGUACGAGUACUACAAGGGGCCCAUAAGCUCCGAAGACAUCGACGACUUCUGCGCAACGUACAAGCACAGCCAAGCUGAAGAGGAGGACUUGCUGGAGUAUUACAAAAAGCAUGACGGGGACAUCAUAGACAUACUGUCGUACAUUCCGCUGAGUGAGGCGGGCGAUCUGGACCGUUUUGUGAAGUUCUACCAGGACAAAAUUGAGUCUAAGGACCUGGAGUCAACAAAGCGUUUCGCCAAAACCAGCUCAGCCAAAUCCGUCAAAGAGAUAAAGCAGAAAUACAAGAAGAGCAUGCAGCGCGAGUCAAAGCGCGCGAAGUCCAGUGGGAGCUUCGAGGAAUUGACCGCGCAGAUAUUGGUGAGUGCCGCAGCCAAGAAACCACACGAACCGCAGGCUAAUCGCAAGAAACGGCAAAACGAUUUUACGUCGCUCAUUGGCGACCUGGAGAAGAAAUACGGAGCUAAGAAACUUAAGAAGUAG